GAGGUUAAAUGAUUUGAUCAAGAUAACACAACAGUCUGCUUCAUCUCGAUUCAGCAGCGUUCCAAACUGUGGUAUCCUUGGGGUUUUCUUAACAUUGCUAUGGUGCAGAAGAUUUAAAAUCAGCUGAUGUUCACAAGGAAUAGAGUCACGUGAUGUAUGAAGGGAAACAUAUACACUUCUCUGAGGUUGACAAUAAGCCCUUGUGCUCGUAUAGCCCCAAACUGUGCAAGCAGCGGCGUCUCAACGGCUACGCUUUCUGUAUCAGACACGUUCUGGAGGACAAGACUGCCCCCUUCAAGCAAUGUGAAUAUGUGGCCAAGUACAACAGCCAGCGCUGCACCAACCCCAUCCCCAAAUCAGAGGAUCGUAGGUACUGCAACAGCCACUUGCAGGUACUUGGCUUUAUCCCGAAAAAAGAGAGGAAGAAAAAGAAUGAUCCUAUAGAUGAGGUGAAAGUCAGGCACCAGAUGGAUACCAUGGCCUUUAGCUUGACAGUGCCCACACUGGCCUUGAAGAUGCCCAACGGACUGGAUGGAAUGUCCCUCUCUCCACCUGGGGCAAGGGUCCCUCUCCACUACCUGGAAACUGAGUUGGAAGACCCAUUUGCUUUCAACGAGGAAGAUGAUGAUCUGAAGAAAGGGGCAACUGUGAGAAAGAAGUUGCAGAGUAAAUUGGCCCAGAAUCGGCAGCGCCAGAGAGAGACAGAGAUUUUAAAAGUUCGACAAGAGCACUUUAGUCCCCCUCCUGCACCUUCCCAGCAGCAGCCUCCGCAGCAGCACUCCCACCUGUCACCUUUAUCCACUUUAAAACCUCCAGCGCCGCCGCAGGGUUCUGUCUGCAAGUCACCUCAACCUCAGAACACCAGCCUACCAAUGCAGGGAGUGGCCCCCACCACACACACUAUAGCACAAGCAAGGCAGUUGUCUCACAAGAGGCCUCUGCCCUUCCUGCCAUCCAGUAGGGCUCCCGUCGUGGACCCCCCCAGGACUGACCGGGUCCUUAUGAAAGCCACAGCCUUCUCUCCACACUUCUCUUGUAUAAGUCAGCUGCAGAGACUGGUGAAACUGUGCACACAAAAACAUCAGUUGGAUACUGAUCUGUUUCCCCACUUAGGGUUGGACUGGUCCGAAGAAAGCGGAGAGGAACUGGAGGACUCAGAACAGGCUUCACCAUACCAGGUUGCAUGGUCUAUCCGAGAAACCCUCAGAUACGAAAGACACACGCCAGAUGACGAUGAUGCGGAGAGUAGGAGCUCCAGGGUGACCCAACUUUGCACUUACUUUCAGCAGAAAUACAAGCACCUCUGCCGCCUGGAAAGGGCAGAAUCUCGUCAAAAGAAAUGCCGUCAUACAUUUAGGAAAGCAUUGCUGCAGGCAGCCAGUAAAGAACCGGAAUGUACUGGUCAAUUAAUACAAGAACUUCGGAGAGCAGCAUGCACUCGAACCAGUAUAAGCCGGACCAAGUUGAGGGAGGUGGAACCAGCAGCAUGCAGUGGAACCAUGAAGGGGGAGCAGUGCACUAACAAAGCCCUUCCAUUCACCAGACAUUGUUUCCAACAUAUCCUCUUGAACCGCUCUCAGCAGCUCUUCUCCAGUUGCACCGCCAAGUUUGCAGAUGGACAGCAAUGCUCUGUGCCAGUUUUUGACAUUACACACCAGACACCUCUGUGUGAAGAACAUGCCAAAAAAAUGGAUAAUUUCUUGAGAGGAGAUAACUCCCGUAAAGUUCAGCACCAGCAGCAGAGGAAACCCAGGAAAAAAACCAAGCCUCCUGCACUUACCAAAAAACAUAAGAAGAAGAGAAGGCGUGGACCUCGUCGACCCCAAAAGCCCAUCCCCCCAGCAGUCCCCCAAGGGAACCUCAGCAUGCCCACCAGCGUCUCACUGCCAGUGGAGGCCUCUCAGAUCCGGAGCCCAUCCACGCCCGAGCUGAGUGCUGAUGAGUUGCCGGAUGACAUUGCCAACGAGAUCACCGACAUUCCACAUGAUUUGGAAUUGAACCAGGAGGACUUUUCAGACGUCCUGCCACGGUUACCUGAUGACUUACAAGAUUUUGAUUUUUUUGAAGGAAAGAACGGAGACCUCCUCCCGACGACCGAAGAGGCUGAGGAGCUUGAACGGGCCCUGCAGGCCGUAACUUCUCUCGAGUGCCUGAGUACCAUUGGGGUACUUACCCAGUCAGACGGUGUACCAGUCCAGGAGUUGUCAGAUAGAGGAAUAGGGGUGUUCUCCACAGGUACUGGAGCUUCAGGAAUCCAGUCCUUGAGCCGAGAAGUAAACACGGACCUAGGGGAGCUAUUGAAUGGGCGAAUAGUACAUGAUAAUUUUUCUAGUCUAGAGCUGGACGAGAACCUGCUCCGUUCUGCUACCUUGUCUAACCCACCUACACCCCUGGCAGGGCAGAUCCAGGGGCAGUUCUCUGCCCCAGCCAACGUUGGCCUUACUUCUGCCACUCUGAUCAGCCAGAGUGCACUAGGGGAGAGAGCCUUCCCAGGACAGUUUCAUGGACUUCAUGAUGGCAGCCAUGCCUCCCAGAGGCCACAUCCUGCCCAGCUGCUGAGCAAGGCAGACGACCUAAUCACCUCACGACAGCAAUACAGCAGUGAUCAUUCACACUCCUCGCCCCAUGGAAGCCAUUAUGAUAGUGAGCACGUGCCGUCUCCCUACAGUGACCAUAUCACCUCUCCCCACACGACAUCUUACUCUGGUGAUAAUAUGGCAGCUACCUUUUCAGCAGAGAUGCCCAUCAUGGCGCAGCACUUGCUCCCAACCCAACUUGAGGUGCCACUUGGAGGAGUGGUAAACCCUAGAACUCACUGGGGUAAUCUCCCUGUCAACCUUGGAGAUCCCUCUCCAUUUAGCAACCUUCUCGGCGCAGAUGGACAUCUUCUUUCCACUUCCCUAUCCACGCCACCCACCACUUCGAACUCAGAGACCACACAGCCUGCCUUCGCCACCGUGACCCCCAGCAGCUCCAGUGUGCUUCCGGGGUUACCGCAGACCAGCUUCAGUGGCAUGGGGCCUUCUGCUGAACUAAUGGCCUCCACCUCUCCCAAGCAGCAACUCCCUCAGUUCAGCGCAGCCUUCGGCCACCAGCUGAGUUCUCACAGUGGCAUUCCUAAGGACCUGCAGCCCAGCCACAGCUCUAUAGCCCCUCCUACAGGCUUCACAGUAACAGCUGGGGACCACUGAAGUAAGCUCUAUAUGCACCCAAAGUUCCCCAUGGAAAAGUUUUCAACACGCAGUGCAGAAGGCUCCAAUGCAGCUAAAUGUCACGCCUUUGCUUUUACUUGGGGAAUAGACUGAUUUGCCCUGAAAUGACUCCAACCUGCAUCGUUAAGGUACAGUUGGCUCCAACGGAUUAGUGUUGAAAUGAAGAAAAGCUUGACACUUGCUGACAUUGUUUCAUCUGUUUGGAAGGGUUGAAUCAGUUCCUCUCAACAGUGGCAGUUCUUUUCACUGUAUAGUAUUGAGUAUGUCUCAGGGAUUCCUUGUGGAAAUUAGGGCAGUUUUUAAAAAUAAGAAAACAAUUUUAAAAGAAACUAAAGGUGACUCAUCAUUGAAGAGAGAGCAAGAAAGAGAAAACAUUUUGGUUUAGUAGCCCACGGUGUCUCGCCUAGGACUUCUUUCCUUUCUACUUCAGGCUCUCAUCUCAGCUUCAGCAUACAGAAUCCUUUCCCAUCAUGCACAGCUUUAAAACUUUUAUUUAAAAAUUUCCUUCCCCCAUGAGCUUUCAGAAUACUUAUUGUAGAUUUUAAGAGAAAAGGUAUAUUAAUUUAUGCUAUUAACAUCACCUCAUAAAUUAUAAGUUUUAUACUAAAGCUGUAUUGAGUGUAAUGAAUUAUGUUGCCUAUGUGUUUAAUAGCUAAAAAAAAAAUUAUAUAUGAGCUUUUUUUUUUUUUCUUUUGACAAACUAGUAAGCACCUUUUUACACUGGAUUUCUGCCGUGUCAAGGUGUAUAGCUAUCCUUUGCUACCUUGCAGAUAUAUAAAAUAAAAAGGAUAUCCUGGGGCCUCAAAAUGUAGAACACCUUUAGACCAUUUAUUAUUGUUCAUAGAACUGUUGAGAAUCAUGUUCUUUAGUAAAUGAUCUGUGGUUUACACUUAAGAUGGCUAGAAGCUUAGUUACAGGGUAAAUAGAAAUACAUAGAUCAAGUAAAACUCCAACUACUGUAGCUGGAAUUUGUAAACUAAGUUUUUAAGACCUCUUUUAUUUCCUAUGGAUUUAUUCUUUAAUUUACAGUUUAUUCUGUAAGUUGGGAAGUAAAAUAGAGAAAAUAAGUCUAGAUGUUCUCAGUGUCUUAUUCAGGAACUUUUUUAUCCCUCCUCACUAAGGAAUUCCCACUGUGACUUAAAAAUAGAAUUAAAUUACUUGUGUGCAUGUAUAUGUUUUUACACACAUGCAAAAAUAUUCAUUGGGGCACGUGUGUGAGAGAGAUGAAUGUGUGCUAAUGUACAAAUAGAGAAAGGUAACCGAAUGUAUUGUAGAAAUAUGAUUUAUUUAGUUGAGGAUGUUAAGAGUUAACUUUCUCAUUGUCUCUGUUGUAUAAAUAUACCAAAUUCUUCAUUAUGUUAUAUUAUGUUAAAAGGCAAGCUCUGAUAUCAUGUACGUUUUAUUUUAACUUUUGGAUUAACUUAUGUUUUUUUAAGUGACAUGAGAAACAGCAGAUUCUAAGACCAGCCUCUCAUUUUUUAACAUAAAAGCAAGAGAGGGAGAGACAGAUAGACAGACCCAGACAGGAUCUGUGUUUAUCUAUUGGGGUGAUGGGACCAGAGAUCUGUUGAACCUCUUUUAUGUUAAUAAUAGUUUUCCUUAAUAUUCUGAGUAAUAAAAUAUUAUUGAUCAUUGACGUUAAAAAUUAAGGCCUUUUAUAAAGAAUUUUUUUGAAGGGGAGUUGUUGGGAUCAUUUCACCAUUCAUAUUUCAAAGCUGGGGUGAUUUCAGUUAUUUCCAAAGCAUUUUUAAAAAAUUUAUUCAGUUGUACCAUUAAUUAGGAAGUUAGAGAGCCCCAUCUUUUUGCUGUAGGAAAAAUUAUGCUACCCUUGACUUUUACCUGAUUGGUGUGGAAUUAAAAAACAUUCCUUUGAGUUUUAGUUAUCAUUUUACUCUUUACUAGAGUAUCUGGUGAUAUAAAAUAGUCAAAAUUAGAGUUAUUAAGUGUCCCAGUCAUAUUUACUUUUAAUAUUAAAAAAUCAUGUGCUUUGAGAUAUGUCAAAACAACUUCUGAUACCGCAUCCGCAUUUGUAGUCCUCCUUGAAGCUUCAUUGACUUCCUCUUGGAUACAGUUAAGACCUAGGAAAGCUUUAUAUGUUGUUCUUUUACAGUUGUAUCGUUAUUUUUGUAGCAUCUCCCAGUUCCAUUCGCUCUUGCUUUUGGAUUUUAAAAAUCUGCAUUUCUUGUACAUAUGCAUGCAAAUGAAAGAAGGGAGUUUGUAUUGGUGCCAUUUCUCCCUUCAGUUGCUGGUUAAUGGAAUUUGCUAGAAUAAAUUCCCCCUGAUUGAAGGGUAAAGACAGACCCUUUUGUGUAUAUCUGUACAGAGAUGUGUAUAUGGGAUGUGGUGGCACUUUGCUGAAUGUGAAUUUGCCUUGUCAAUGGAAAGACUGAAAAGUAUUAUGUUUAUUUAUACAUUUGUAUAAAUCUAUAUAUACACGUAUGUAUAUGUGUGUGUAUAGAUAAAGCUAUAUACAUAUAUUUCCCUAAAAAAAAAGUGUGUGUAUAAUAGGUAACAGCCUUUGUUAAGCAGGAUUAUACAUCUACAGAAAAUUCUGGAUUAUUCUGUAAGCCAGAGGAGGUAACCUUCUAGAGUACAUCAUCUGAGCAUACUAAAAUGCAAGUCCUUUGGAUUGUAGUCUUAAGGCUGUCAGAAAUGAUGUCUAACUAUUUUUACUCACAGUUCCACUCUCUUUAUCGUCCCUACCUUCUGCUAGUUAAUCUCUCAUGAGUGAAAAGCAAAAUCACACAUCAUUUUUUUCCUCUAUAAUUAUGUCCUUUCAAGCUAGAAGCAUUUGACUUAAACAUAUUUCAGUAACUUCUCAGUUGUUUCUUUUAAAGAUAUUUAUUUCUGAAUUUUCCCAGAAGAUAGAAGUAUUUUCUACAGUACUCUUGAGAAUUGGUAGUCAUCUUUGUCUCAAAAACAGGAAAAAAAAAAAAAGGCAACAUUCAAACAAAACUAAUUUAGAAAGUUUUACCUAGAUAAUUUCUGGUUAUUUAACUUACUUUGAAAAAAACACAUAAGUAUUUUGAUUUACUGUCAGCAAAUAGUUUGAUUUACUUUGUGAUUGAAUUAUAAAUUUACCAUUUGCAUUUUAAAGGAAAGCAUACAAAAUCACAUGUAAGCCUCUUGAAUUCUGUAACUCAUUUUACUCAUGUUGAAACUGCUUUAAUUAAUUCUGCCAUAUUUCCUUUUGACUUAUCUCACAGUGUGACAUUCUGUUUUAACUUUGCUGCAGCUCUCUAGAAAACUCGCAUCCCUAUAUUGUGCCUUUAAAUCUCUUAUGCACACACAGACAAAAGUGUAUAUAUACAUGUUGGAGCAUGUGUACAUACACUUUGUUAAUACUCACACAGUAUGUGGGAGUGGACGUAUAGAUAUUCAAAGGCAAUGAAAUGUUGCUCUCUAGAUAUAUAUGUAUAUAAAUAGUGUUGAUAUAACUGUAUAUACACAUGUAUAUGUAUGAGUUUUAAAUGGCAAUCUUUUACAUUUAGCAAAAUGCUGCCCCUACUGGAAUAUUGUCGCUGCAAUGGCAGUUGUAUGUAUGAUUUUAAAUACAUUAUCAAAAAUUAUUUAAAGAACAUUUAAAAGUCUCAUCUAAAGACAUCCACACAUUAUUUAUUUAUCUUCCUUUUCCUUGUAUUGUUAUGUUUGUUUAACUGAAAGGGAGACCGUUUUAAAAAAUGCCAUCUAUCCCAUGAAAGACAAGAUUCACUUGAAGAACUUUGUGCAUUUUUUCCUCUCUGAGAUGGAGAUGUACCACAGCACAGCCUGUUUGUUUCAGUUAUAAAACAAUCCUAAUAUUUCCAUUAGUGUGUGUCAUCCACUAUCUUCUAGAUCAACUUAAUUCACCAGUUUGCCUCUUCCUUUCAUUAAUAAAUGAUGAUCAUUGAGAUCAUUUUGCCUGGAGGGAAGUUAACUACUCUCUCGCUGCAGGGAAAUAUAUCACCUAGUUGUUAUUCUGCCUUGUUCAAAAUUCAGCUUUGAAAGAAGACAGCUCUCUCUCUGGAAGCUGUCUUAAGCACAUUUUGCAUUUAUUUAGUUAAAGGUCUUCCCAAUCAUUUUCUUAAAAAAAAACAAAACAAAACAAAGAACUCAAAGUUGCAUGUGUUUGUCAUUUAAUUUUUAUUCCCCACAGCUUCAGGUAGUUUUCAUUAGUAGAUCAGCUUGACACACUGAAUGCAAGAACAUAAAGGAAAAAAAAUUAGCUGUUGAAUAUUAUUUUAUUUCCUGAUGAGUUGGUAGCAGAUUACAUCUCAAGAAUAUGUAGAGAGAGGAAGGUAGAUGGACAAUCCUAAACUGUAAGAUGUUAGAGGGGGUAAAAAUGGAGUAUGGGAACCCCAGAAGACUAAAUGGAGAGGUUGGGGUUGGAAUGAUUUUACAGAGUAUCUUAGCUGGAACUUGAUAUCAGAAGCAGCCUUUAACAAAAAGCCUCUUGGCACUAACUACAGUACUGAAGCCGAAGUUGAAACCAAGUUGCAGUGGGAAAUCAAAGGUGAGGUGGCUGAUUAGAAACCAGUGAAUGACAGGUUGGACAGUUUUAAAAUCUCUUCUAACAAAGUAACUGCACGGUAGCAAGGACUAGCAGUUCUCUAAGCCCUUCUUUUUCAGUGUUCUCAUUCACCUUGGCACACAAGUAUGUUUAAUAUGCCAUACAUUAAAAAUAUGUAGAAAACAAAACAAAAAAAAAAA